ACACCCAGUCCUCUGACCUUCUCGCAGGCACAAACACACACACACACUCACCUUUGUCUUUCUGCCCUCAUCUCAACUGAAGUGUCAUCUUCAUCUUGGUUGUCCUCGGUGCAGCUUCUCCGCUUCCAUCAAACAUUUUACAAAGCAGGAUGGUGUCUCCUGCUAUUGCCCUGGCAUUUCUCCCACUCCUGCUGACACUGCUCAUCAGAUACCGUUACUACUUUGUGCUGUUCUAUCGGGCCAUCCUGAUCAGGACGUGGAGGGACUGUGUCACUGGUCUGAGUCGAGAGGAACGCGCCUUCGAGUAUGUUCUCACUCACGCCACACCUGGAGACCCUGAAAGCAUCUUGGAAGCCUUUGAUGUUUGGUGCAGCAAGGUGGAGUUCAUCAGCAACAUUGGACCUAAAAAAGGGAAGAUCCUGGACCGGCAGCUGAUAGAGCAGAGUCCCUUGACCGUGCUGGAACUGGGUGCCCACUGUGGCUAUACCACAGUGCGAAUAGCCCGUAAUCUGCCCCUUGGUGCCAGGCUCUACAGUGUCGAGAUGGACCAGAGGAACGCUGCCAUAGCAGAGAAAAUCAUCCGCCUGGCAGGGUUUGAUGAUGACACAGUGGAGCUCAUUGUGAAUCCAUCUGAUGAGGUGAUCCCUAAACUGCGGUCAGACUACGGUUUGGAAAGACUGGAUUUUGUCUUCAUGGACCACUGGAAGAAGUGCUACUGCCCUGAUCUGCAGAUGCUGGAGGGCUCUGGUCUGCUGGGUAAAGGUUCUAUGAUAGUGGCGGACAACGUGCUGUUUCCUGGAGCUCCAAAGUUCCUCAGACACAUUCGUAAAAGCGGCUUAUAUGAGUGGAAAAUCCACCGGGCUACACUGGAGUACAGCAAAGGCAUCAGGGAUGGGAUGGCCGAGCUGGUGUACCAGGGAAUCAAAUAG